UUGCUUACACAAUUCUGCGAAUCUAUUAUAACAGAUAUCACAUUUUUGGAACAUAAACAACACAACUGCGCCAAAAUAUUUAAAUUUCAUGAUCUUGAAAUGGGUUAUUGCUUUCUAGCCAAUAAUUUUAUGGAUUAUCGCAAUUUAGAUGAGUUGCCGUUACGACUUAGCCCGUUUGAAGCGAGGAAAUCAUUAAAACUAUUUCUAAAACAAGAAUCACUUUGGAAAUACGAGAUGUAUGUACAUAGCAACGAGGAUAUACCAUAUUUCGGAUUACUUUCACAAACUUUAGGGCAGGAUCAUAUAAGGUAUACUUAUAAUAUGGAAGAAAUGCUAAAUAGCUUGACAGUAAAUGAUGAAAGCUUUGAAAAAAGAAAAUGCAAGUUUCCACACGAAACAAUUUAUGGAUCCACUUAUCACUACAGUUUUUCAACAUGCAUGUCUGAUCUCAGAGUUAUUUUGGAGUUAAAAUACUGUAAUUGCACAUUAUUCACAUCUCCCAUUAAAUCUAUAAAAAUGUGA